CUGACAGGUAGAAUCUCUCCGUCAUGCCGUUUUCCUCGGUGUUAUUGCAAAUAAUACUGUCUUUUAUUACUAUACUCAGUGCUGUGGCGCUUCGGAGCUUUGUUCUAGCCAGUCCUGAUGCAGCGAAUGGAGCGCAGGCGGUGGAGCUCGGCCGGCGGAACGCCGUGCCCGUCUUGUACCUCCAGGGCUCGCACUACGAAGUCGGCUUCGACCAGGGUCGUACCUUCUCAUCAGUCAUCCACGCCUUCGUGAAACGUCACUUCGAAAUGCUGCCGUUCGAGCAAGAGUACGCCACAGAGGCGGGCCGCGCCGCCUACGAGAAGACACUCGCCAAUAUGAGACAGCGGUACCCGUGGUACGUCAAGGAGAUACAGGGGAUCGCGGACGGGGCUCAAGUGCCAUUUUACAAGAUAUUCCUCCUCCACUGCGACGACAUCGUGCUCACGGCUAACGACGAGCACGCCCCCCGGCCCGACCACGGCGGCUGCACGUCCAUCGGAAUCAACACGGACGACUACUCGAUCCUGGGGCACAACGAGGACGCAUUCGCGUCGACACUCAACCACUGGUACAUCGUAUCGGCUCACGUCACACCCACGGAUGAGGACAGAAAACAUGGAGCAGUAGAUGAGCGGUAUUCGUCCCUGUGCUACGCAGGCCACAUGCCGGGCUACACGAUGGGCUUCAACGAGCACGGGCUAGUCUUCUCGAUCAACACGCUGAGCCCGCUGCGGCUGAAGCCGGGAGGCACACCACGCGUGUUCAUCACACGAGCGUUGCUGACGGCUAAGAAUUUUGCUGAAGCCGAGAAGAUCAUGCGUGAUGACGGUCUUGGAGCUGGCAAUGGUUUCAACAUCAACAUGAUCUGGUCGGAGCCUUGGGGCGCCCGACGCCUGUACAACGCCGAGGUAGCUCCAGACUUGAACGCGCGAUUCUCGUCCGUCAGCGUGCGGAAAUACGAGCGGGACUCCCUUGCACACACUAACAUCUACCAAAACCUCAACGUGACCGAAGUGGUAGGCAUGAUAAUAGACAGCAGCAUGGCUCGUCUCUGCGCCAUACAGAAACACGCCCCGCCGCAGACGAGGAGAGAUGUAGCGGACAUCCUGUCCGACGCCGAGGGGCAGACGUACUCCGUGUGGCAGAACAGACCCGACGCCGUCGUCAAGACUAUAGCCACUGGUAUUUUCGACCUUGAAAAGCGCACGUGGAGCAUGUACAUCGGCAAAGCGAACGAAACGGAGCCGGUCGCCGUGUUGCCCAUCCGGUUCACCCGGCUCAACGACGUCUACUGAACUUUUUGAGAUCCCAUCUUUCCAUUUUUUUUUGUUGUUAACUUUAUGGCUCCUCUACACAAUGGGCCAGCGCCGGCCACUCCAAGAGACGUAUUUAUGCGUUAGAGGGAGCAAGUGAUAUUGCUAUCUCAUUCUACCGCAUGGCUGCGUCCCUUGGAGUGGCCGGCGCUGGCCCAUCGUGUAGAGGAGUCAUUAUGAGUGGCCUAAGUUAAGUUGAAAUUAACAGGAUAGACACGAAUAAAACUUAUUCGAUUGAGUCGGACAAAAUUAUGUCGUCUAUAAAAUAUAUAUCUAGUUAAGAAAAAUGUAAACCUGAUUAUUUAGUCUUAGCGCUACUUGCACCAUCCCACUAGCCCGGGGUUAACUGGUUAAACCGAUAGCCCAGUGUCAAAUUAUACUGGUAACCAUGGUAAGUUCAGGUUUAACCAUGGUUUAACCGGUUAACCCCGGGUUAGUUGAAUGGUGCAAGUGGCCCUAAAUGAGUGAAAAUAUUCGUUUGUAAGCGACACUGCUGGAACCCUCCUAUUGAUAUUAGUUAUUAUAGUUUGUCAAAGGACUGUCUCAUUUCAACCAUAGACAGAGAAAAUCAUAGGUACUAUCUUUGUCUUACACUAAUACUAGCACCCAAAAGAAAAGGAUGAGUAUAGUUUUCCUGGUUCUUACUGACUGACAAAUUGGUUUGACCUAUUGUUAUCCUCUCGGAACAUAGAUGUAUGAGAAGUUUAAUGGCUCCUCUACACGAUGGGCCAGCGCCGGCCACUCCAAGGGACACAGCCAUGCGGUAGAAUGAGAGAGAAAUAUCACUUGCUCCCUCUAACGCAUAAGUGCGUCCCUUGGAGUGCCCGGCGUUGGCCCAUCGUGUAGAGGAGCUAUUAAACUUCUCAUAUUUAUUGUACUUAAUUCGUACAAAUAUAAUAUACCUACCCAAGUCUAUAAGCAUACGCUAACACACUUUCGUGCAUCUAACUUUAUUUAAGUGGCUUGGCUUGGCUUAACUGUCGUAACACAAUGGAAUCAAUUAACUUUAGACCUAUGUAAUUUUUUUUUUGCAAUUCACUCCGUGGUUGAUCAAAGUGUCCAUGUGUGAACCGACUAAUUGUUUUUAAUAACUAGAAAUUUAUCCAGGUUACCGAUAAGGGGGUAUUCAUAAAUUACGUCAUUUCAAAUUAGGGGGGGGGGUCUGGACGUCGGAUGAUGGUAGCAUGACGUAGGAGGAAACGGGGUCAUUCGGAGCAUGAUUUUUGGAUGUUAGGGGAGGGAGGGUAAAAAUCGUCAAAAAUCGCUGACGUAAUUUAUGGACAGCCCCUAAGUUACCUAUAUUAUUGUAAUAAGAUAUUUUUAUAAGAGUACUUAAUUUAUGACUUGAUGAGUGUAUAGUGUUGUAGUUCAAAUAAAAGUAUUGAAGCAUA